CUGUGCCGAGCUGGGCUGGGGCCAUGGAGGAGCGACGCAGCUUCUCGGACAUCGACGGCGGUCGCCUGGCUCUCCAGCGCCGCUACUACUCCCCCUCCUGCCGGGAGUUCUGCGUCGGCUGCCCGAGGCUCUCGCUGCGCUCGCUCACGGCCGCCACCUGCACUGUGUGGCUGGUGGCCUACGGGCUCUUCACCCUCUGCCAGAACAGUAUGGUCCUCUCUGCUGCUAUCUUCAUCACUCUGUUAGGUUUGCUUGGUUACCUCCACUUUGUGAAGAUUGAUCAAGAGACCCUACUGAUCAUUGGCUCUCUUGGCAUCCAAAUGACCUCAUCCUAUGCCUCCGGAAAAGAGAGUACAACCUUCAUUGAGAUGGGCAAGGUGAAGGAUGUUGUCAUCAAUGAGGCCAUUUACAUGCAAAAGGUGAUCUACUACCUGUGCAUUUUACUGAAGGACCCAGUGGAACCACAGGGGGUGUCGCAAGUAGUCCCUGUCUUCCAGAGUGCCAAGCCCCGACUGGACUGCUUGAUUGAAGUGUACAGGAGCUGCCAAGAGAUCUUAGCACACCAGGCGGUCACAUCAACAAGUCUGUAGUGCUCCAGGUCCUUGCCAGAAGGAUCAUCUGUGAAGAGUGAAAAGCCAGAGUGGGAUGUCUUUCUCAUUCCCAUUUCCUGGUUC